UGCUGCACGUUACAGCUGUAUACAUGUCUUAUAACGCCGAUACAUGAACCCAUGUAUACACCACACAAAAAGAAAAAGUUAUUUCAUUAGCAUGGCGGUCAGUUCUUGUGUCAUGUUGCCCUGUUGACGCGGUAAAGGCUAGCUAACCGCAGCGAGAGAGGCGUGCAGACUCGUAUUAAGCAAGCUAGCGUUAGCUUAGCGAUUGGCGAGCUAGUUCUCUCUUGUUCACAGGUCAAGUAUUUAAGGCAACAUCAUAACAUGGCUGAAUCCAAGGAAGCGGCUGAAACGGAGGUAACAGAGGGGACAGACGGAGAGUCCAUGGAAGCUGCUUCAAAGCCGGGAGCAUCAGCAGAUGUUAGAGACGCAGAGCUUGUUCACACGGCGUCUCCUAGACUCUCUGAACAUGGAGAGGAGGAUAACUUUGUUGCUUCUGAAAACCAAGUGGAAAGUAAAGAAAUUGAACCUAAAGAAAGUAAGACGGCCUCACAGUUGUCUUCAGAAGAGGCAGUCGAUACGGUUUUGAUUCACUGUGAUGAACCAGGCAAGACCUCAGAUUCUGAAAUAGGGGAGGCUACUGAGGUGAAAACUGAGGAAAAGCCAGACAUUGACACUAAGGAGGACAUCGACACACAGCAGGAAAAGGAGUCUCCUGGUAGUAAAGUGAGGGUUUCUGCAGUGGAUGACCUCGAUGAGAUGAUGGACAUUGGUACAGUGGAUCAGGUGGAACAGGAAGCUCAGAUGAAAGAGGAGCAACUGAAUAGUUUGAUGGAUGUGGAUAGCUGUUGCUCACCUGCCGAUUCAAAUACAGCCUCAGUAGCAGAGGAUAAGAACUCUGUUAAGGAGGAAGCUGAUGAGAAACCCACUGUAUUAACUCCUGCAGAGGAGGACAACGUGAAAGUGUCUUUAGACGGGAUCCAGUCCAGCUCGUCUCCGUUGUCUGAAGCCUUGACCAGUACAGGAAGUGACAGCUCAUCACCAGUGACCGUAAUGAACGGAAUGAAAAUAGUUAAGAUGUCAAUACCAAGAUUAGACACUGAAAGCGUGCACGCUGCUACCCAGCCAAUCAAGUCAUCUCCUUCACCACCUUUGGUCAAGGUGAAGGAUGAGCCAAUAGACGAAGAGUAUGAACAAGCUCUAAUACCUCCUACAGCUAGUGUGAAAGAUGAGCCCAAUACUGCAAAGGAGGACUUGAAGAUUGGAUCGGUCUUCUCUGUGAGCCCAGCUGCAGAAACACAGACGCAACCCACCACCAACCCCUCAUCGUUGCACAUGUCCUGUUCUCACUGUAAUAAGAGCCUGAUAAAAGGACAGACUGCUUUCCAGAGGAAGGGCUCCCCAGCGCUCUUCUGCUCCACCUCCUGCCUCACCACGUCUCUGCCCACAGUCAAAGGAGUCUCGAAGGUCUGCCACAGCUGCCAAAAGUUGAUAUUUCGGCCUCAGGAUGUCAUUCUGGCUCCAGAUGAUAAAGGCGGCAUGAAGGAAUUCUGCAGCCAGAACUGCCUGACGUCCUUCAACUACAGGAAGUCCGCAGCCACUAAAACAGUACCACAGCCAAUAGGACCACAGUCACUCUGCAGCAUGUGCACCAGAUACUGCAUCAGUAAACAUGAGGUAAUCCUGAGCGGUGCCGUCCACAAGAUCUGCAGUGACGCUUGUUUUAACCGUUUCCGCAUCGUAAACAACCUGUCCAUGGCUGGCUGUGCGAACUGCGGCUCCUACUGCCACAUCAAACCGCUCAUGCUGAAGAUGGAUGACAGCAACAAAACUCUGUGCAAUGCAGAGUGUCUGGCCAAGUACAAAGAGAAAACGAAGAUAACCAAGGCUUGUACGAUGUGUCGCACUACCCGGUUGUUGUCAGAAACUGUUGACAACAAAAACAGUGAUGACUCUGUUAACCUCUUCUGUAGCAGCAGCUGUGUGAUGGCAUUCAAGGUUCAGUCUGUCAGUGCAUCAGGGGCUCGGUUAAAUUGUGAUAGUUGUGGGAAAAACUCGGUGCCGGCCUACCACCUGGCCAUGUCAGAUACCUCCAUCAGGAACUUCUGCACUCUUCCUUGUGUCAUGGCUUUUCAGGAUAAGUUCAAGAAGUCUCAGAAACAGGUGAAUAUUUUUACCAAGUUACCACUGGGAUCCACCCAAAUCCCGGCCAUCAUUCCUACUCAAACUCUACAAGACGUCCCCAAAGAACCUCUGAAACUGAACUGCUCCCAGUGUAACCGCAACAUAGCUUUUAAACCUGAAGUCAUCCAGAUCAAGGACAAGAUAGUUUUUGUUUGUAGCGUGGACUGUGCUCACGAGUUCAAGAAGGACAACGCUGUGACGAGCGUGUGUGAAUAUUGUAAGAUCGAAAAGAUCACCAGAGACGCCAAAAGAAUCAACAACAAAGACUGCUUUUUCUGCAGCGAUGGCUGUAAGCUCCUCUUUCGACACGACCUGACUAAAAACUGGGGGAAACACUGUCACUCCUGUGUCUACUGCCAAAGCGUGUCCAAGAAGCUGGUGACGGCCCAGUAUGGAGGCUCCACCGAGGAGUUCUGCUCUGAGGAAUGCAGGUCCAAAUACACCAUGCUGUUCUGCCAUGUUGCAAAGUGUGACACCUGCGGUCGCAAAGGGAAACUGAAGCAGAGUCUUCCCAUGGUGGGAGAAGUCAAACACUUCUGUGAUCUGACUUGUCUGCUGCAGUUCUGCUGUGAGAAAGUGGCCACCCAAGGCGAGAUCUUCAAAGAUAAAGAGGAGGCCACACCUGUCAUCGGCAACGUCAUCUCGCUUGCAGGGCCUCCAGUAGGCAACAGAACUGAGAGAACAGCCCAGCAAAGUACCCAACACACAAACACAGGCAGCGUAUUACAAUCAAAGAUCUCUGGGCAUAAAGAUACAGUGAAAGUUCUUCCUCCUCCUGCCCCCAAAAUCCUGAAGAACAAGGCCCUGCUCUGCAAACCGAUGGUGCAGAACAAAGGGGUCUCCUGUAGAACACAGACCGCUGAUGUCGAAGCACAGACAGAUGAUGUCCUCCCUAAAAUCAUGAUCAUUCCUAUCCCAGUGCCAGUGUAUGUCCCUGUACCCAUGAACAUGUACAGCCAGUGUACCCCCAGACCUGUGGCCAUGCCAGUACCGCUGCCUGUACCCAUGUUCCUACCUGUUACAAUGGACAGCGCUGAACGCAUUGUGGAAACCAUCCAGGAGAUCAAGGAAAAGAUCCCGUCUGACCCCUACGAGGCAGAGCUCAUCCUCAUGGCGGAGAUGGUUGCAGAACAACAUGAGAAGAACGACAAAGAGGAGAGACCAAAGGAGAAAGUGGUGGAGAAAGACCGAGAGAGACAUGCAGCAGCUGCUCCAGCAGAGCACACUAGUAACUACAGUGAUGAUUUGGACCCAGACGACUUGACCAGUUUCCUCAACAACUGGGAGGACACCUCUGAUGCAGGUCUAAGGUCCCCCAGUCGACCUGAUGGUCUCGAUGAUAAGCUCAAUCCGAUUCUAGACAUUCCUGUGGCCAGUGAGCAUUACUUCCAGCCCCCACCUCCACCUUCAGCUCCGCCUCCCAUGGACAUCGAAGCUGACUUUACUGUUGAAACCUUGGAGAGAAUGGCCCGGCUCAGAGAGCAGUCCCAGCGACCUCCGAGCCCUCCUGUCGCUCAGCGACGACGACAAGCUCACAGGAAAACCCGAGAAAAGAUGGGUCGUAAGUCAAAGCGGUCUAAGGCAGCUGAAGCGUCAACUCAAAAAGGCGUUUCUAAACAGGCCUCGGCUAUAGAACUCCCAAAACUGAAGAGUCAGUAUGGUGUUGACUCUUGGAAGCGAUGGAUCCAGUGGAGGCAAACUCAAUCCAACCUGGAGACGCCACGCUUUGGUUCUCGUCCCAUGGAGUUGAAGGAGGACGUUCUUCGCUGCACCACUGCUGAGCUGAGCUACGGCCUCUGUUGCUUUAUUGCUGAGGUGAAACGAACCAACGGAGAGCCGUACUCCCCCGACAGCCUGUUCUACCUCUGCCUUGGCAUUCAACAGUACCUGUUUGAGAACGGUCGUGUGGAGAACAUAUUCAUGGAUCGCUUCUACAAUAAAUUCUCCACUGAGUUCAAUAAUAUGCUGAGAGGUUUCAAGCCCUCGAUCACAGCAAGUGGUUACAUCCAUUCCCGUGUGGAGGAGGAGUUUCUCUGGGACUGUAAACAGUUGGGGGCGUACUCCCCCAUCGUCCUCCUCAACACUCUCCUUUUCUUCUGCUGCAAGUACUUUGGCUUCACCACGGUGGAGCAGCACCGCCAGCUGUCCUUUGCUCACGUCAUGCGUUGCACCAAAACCAACCAGAACAACACCAAGACCACCUUCCUGCGCUUCUACCCGCCAAUAUCCAUAAAUGAGCCCGAGUCGGGCCCCAGUACGACUGAAGAUUCAGAGAUGCCGGCAAAGAAACGCAAGGAGGAGGAGAGUAAAGAGGAUAUCCUGGAGAUGAUGGAGAAUACAGAAAACCCUCUCCGCUGUCCUGUCAGACUCUACGAGUUCUACCUCUCCAAGUGCUCGGAGUCCGUCAAGCAGCGCACCAACCUGUUCUACCUUCACCCUGAGCGCUGCUGCGUCCCCAACAGCCCGCUGUGGUAUUCCUCCACGCCUCUAGACGAUAUCACCAUGGAGGGGAUGCUCAUCCGCAUCCUCACUGUCAGAGAGCUUCAUCUCACAGCGAGAAGAGAUGGAGCAAUGGAGAAGAAGACACCCGAUGAUCCACCAUUUAUACCUGACGAGGCGGAAGAUGGGGAUUCAGAGUGACAAGGAGCAGAAGUGAUCUCUCAUUGGCGCAGUAGCUUGUGGUUUAAAUGUUUGUAGAUACACUGACAU